UCUGAUCUUGAUUUUCCUCAUUUCUUUCCCCCUCUUCACCAACUUGUACACUUUAUAAAGUAGUUCAACUCUAAAGAGAGAUCAUCUAAUUUAAAACAAGUAAAAUUUCAAGGAGAGGGAUAGAAGAGUGAGAUGGAGGAGGUUACUGGGAUUGAACACAAGACAAUGAAAGUGAAUGGGAUAAAUCUGCACAUAGCUGAAAUAGGCCAAGGCCCUAUAGUCCUAUUCCUUCAUGGCUUCCCUGAAUUAUGGUACUCGUGGCGUCACCAAAUGCCGUUCAUGGCAGCCCAUGGCUACCGAGCAGUAGCCCUGGACCUCCGUGGGUUCGGGGAUACCACGGGAGCACCCAAAGGCGACUUCACGGAAUUCACCACCCUCCAUGUUGUUGGUGACGUUGUGGAACUCCUUAACAUCAUUGCCCCUGACCAGGAGGUGUUUGUAGUGGGCCAUGAUUGGGGAGCUAUGAUUGGUUGGGCUAUGUGUUUGUAUAGGCCCGAUAAGGUCAAGGCCCUUGUUAAUAUGAGCAUUCCUUUCAUUCCAAGAAACCCCAUCAUAAGGCCCAUUGAAGCUCUGCGUGCUACUUAUGGAGAUGACUACUACAUCAUUAGAUUCCAGGAACCAGGAGAAAUAGAAGAAGAGUUUGCUGAAGUAGGAACCAAGACGGUGUUGGAGAAGCUAUUGACUAACCGAAACCCUGAACCACUGAAGUUGCCUAAAGGAAAGCCAUUUCACGAAAGUCCAGUGAUAUUGCCCCCUUGGCUCACUGAAAAAGAUGUUGAUUACUAUGCUAGCAAAUAUGAGCACACUGGGUUCACUGGUGGAUUGAAUUAUUAUAGAGCACUUGAUCUAAACUGGGAACUGACAGCACCGUGGACUUGGGCGAAAAUAAAAGUACCAGUGAAGUUCAUCGUGGGAGACUUGGACAUAACUUAUAAUUCAGCAGGAGUCAAGGAUUAUAUACACAAGGGUGGGUUAAAGAAAGAUGUACCCUUGCUUGAAGAUGUGGUUAUCUUGAAAGGGGUGGCUCAUUUUCUUCAACAAGAAAAACCUGAUGAAGUUAACGAACACAUUCACGUCUUCUUCCAGGGCCUUUCUUCCUCUGAUUGAAUGUUCUGCACUUUUGAUACGUCUUUGAAGCUAUAACAAGUUAGAUAAACCAGAAAACAAGAAUCAGUUUAUAUGCUUUAAUAAAUUCUUGUAACCACGCCAUGUAUCCUUUUCCAAAUAUCAUCAAACCUAAAUAAAGUUGGUUUCCAAUUUCCA